UUCUCUUUAAUUCAGCAGACUGCAGUGCUCAUUCCUCGUCAUGAAAUUAAACUAUUUUGCCCUAACAUUGACUGGACACUUUUCCAUUUUGGUAAAAUGCUUUGGAAGACCAACGGCUGACUGAUCGCCCCACCGACGGCUCAUGGUGCAUACCUCCCCAUGGCCCCCGUCCCCUGCCUCAUCACCGCCACACUCCUGCUCAGCGUCUGGCUCUGUGGUGCCAAUAGUCCAACAUGUCCGAAGCGAAUCGAUGUGAAAGUUGGAGACAAGGUGGAGAUUCCAUCAUGCUCAACAGCAGGGAUCACCGAAUCAUAUUGGAAAUACGAAGGGGAUAAAAUUGUUCAAGAUCUCCAAGUCAAACCGUCCCGAUUCAAAGAAAGAAUUGUCACGAACGACACAACUUAUAAUUUAAUCCUCUCUGGUGUAACUCAGCAAGACUCUGGGACAUUUGGAUUUUUCUCAUCAAUGGAAAAUAACCAACUUCCAACCGUCUUCUUCAACCUGAGAGUCUAUGAGGCCAUAACUCGCAUCGACGCACGGGAAAUAAAUUCCACCUGGGAUCCUGAUGCCAGCAAAUGUGAAAUUUGGCUUAAGUGCACCGCCUUGCAUUCUGAAAGCGGGAACAGCGUCAACUACACCUGGACCAUCGGGAAUGAAACCAACACGGGUGCUACAUUCAGAUACGUCACCACAGAGGGCGAGGACACUGGCAAGUGCACCGCUUCCAAUCCCGUCAGUGAGAAAUCUGCAUCGGUACAGGUGGACUGCCGCAACAGCACGCAGGAUGGAGCAGUUGGCCGCACAGAUCAGAGCACUCCAAUUCCAAAGAUCUGGAUCUACAUCUCAACUGGGCUGGGAGUACUGGUCCUGGUACUGGUUUUGGUUUUCGUCUGUGGUUUUCGUAGGAGAAAUGCAGCACCAGAAGUUAUGGACACCGUGUACGACAGCAUUGAAAAUGUUGAACGGAAAGCGACCACGUCAAAGGAUGAGCUGAGUCUGGGACCACUCUAUGAACUGAUCCAAAACGUUGAAGCUAAGCCCCCACAGCAGGAGAGCAAUGGAAACACCAUCUAUUACACUGUUCAGCAAAGCCGCCUUAUGGACCCUCCCUCCUAACAAGAAGACCCCCAGAGCUGCUGCUGGCUCAAGGUGGUUCCUGGAGAAGAAGACGUCCAAAUAUACAAACCCAAAUGAGAUUGCAGCAUCCUAAAACCAAAUGCUUAAGAUUUGUUUGUUGGUCAUCUGUGUGUGUGUACUGUUUAAAAAAGUCUUUUCUAACUAUUCUCUAGUGUCUAUAUACAGAUUGUUGAUAAGAUUAGCAUUUGGGAAAUAUCACCCACAAAUAAAAUUUGGGAGCAUUCAAACUAUCAAAUAUACCUGCUGACAAACAUGCUUAAAUUGCCUAAAUGCGUCAGCAUUUCAAGCAUCAAGUUGACUUUAUACAACUUUAUUCAUGACAUUGCCUGUUUCUCCCAGAUUCAGACUUGGUUUAAUUCCAAAUUCAUCAUCUUCUGUGCAUAAUGUGGCGUUAGCAUCUUUCAUUGACUUGCAGAGAUACAGUAGCCUAGCUCCUCUUCAUGUGAGGGAAAAUGGCUUAAAUCGAAUGCCUCCCGCACACUCCCAUUCUGGAUACACAGUGAAGAAUUUGGAAUUAUGCAACAUGUCUGAAUCUGGGUAAAGGCAAAGGCCCACCCACUUACAGAUAUCUCUGUAUGCCUUUAAGCUUGUUGAACCAUUUGCAGCCAAAUGGAAGUUGCUGGAAUAAAUUGUGAGAUAAGAAACAAAUAUUUUUUAACAUUAGGUUUCAAAGAGAUGAAAAAAAGAUCCAUGAUAUAAAGGUCACACAAAUCCACACUAUUUUGAAAAUGUAAUCAAAUCAAGAACCCGUCUCGGCCAACCAAAACCCAGGAUCUCUGACCAGCUCGUCCACUUGACCGGCCUCCUUUACCUGAAAAACAAAGAAAAAGGGAUGUGUCAUUUAGAACACACCGCUAACCGCUAGGCUGAUGUCACCAUCAUACCUGUUUGGACACCCUCUGAUGUCAAUAAAUGACUUGUAAGAGUUUAUCAAUAAAUCUUCAGCCUCUCGCA